UUCCCCCCUGCUCGGUCCCCUCCGCCGCAGGUCGCUCGCCCGCCCGCGCCGCACGGUUGCCCCGAUGGCCGCGUGGUCCCGCGGGGCGGUGCUGGCGCUCUACCGGGCCCUGCUGCGCCGCGGCCGCGCCCUGCGCUACACCGACCGCGACUUCUACCUGGCCGCCGUCCGCCGGGAGUUCCGCCGAAACCAGGGGCUGCGGCGCCCGGAGGACAAGGAGAGGCAGCUGGAGAAGGGGCAGGCGUUCCUGCGGAGCGGGCUCGGCGGCCUGGUUUAGAGAUUCCCCGUAGCAGCUCCCACUGACCCCCCACCCCCCCCCGCUUACUUCCCCCGCUUCCUUUCAAAACAACCUCGCCAAGCAGAAGAGAUGCUUAACGUUCGCUGCACGCUGCUGUCCUGAAGAGGUCUGGAAGGUGCUUCCACGGGUGCACCAGGAGGGCUCUCCUGUUCUUUUCACAAAUGCAUUAGGUCACAGGUAAGAUGGCAGGCGCUGGGCAGCGCAAAGGGAAGAAGGAUGACAACGGGAUCGGCACGGCCAUCGACUUCGUGCUGUCCAACGCCCGGCUGGUGCUGGGCGUGGGCGGAGCAGCCAUGCUGGGCAUCGCCACGCUGGCUGUCAAGCGGAUGUACGACCGGGCAAUCAGUGCUCCCAGCAGCCCUACUCGCUUGAGCCAGUCGGGAAAGAGAAGCUGGGAAGAGCCAAACUGGCUGGGCUCCUCCUCACGCUUGCUGGCCCAGGACAUGAAGACCAGCCUCAGCCGCUCCCUGCAGACUCUUCCCACUGAUCCUUCAGCUGCUGACGCAGACUUCUUUCAACCUACAAAGCCCAAGCCAUCUGCCAGGAGGAGUCAAGUGGAGCUGAAAAAGGCCCGCCUUCGUCUGUCCCUGCAAGAAAAGCUCUUCGCCUAUUACCGGAGAAAGGUGGCUAUCCCAGCGGAUGAGCAAGCCCGGGCCAAGCAGGCAGCCGUGGAUAUCUGUGCGGAGCUCCGCAGCUUCCUCCGUGCCAAGCUGCCGGACAUGCCUCUGCGGGACAUGUACCUCAGUGGCAGUCUCUACGAUGACCUCCAGGUAGUGACAGCUGACCACAUCCAGCUCAUCGUGCCUCUGAUGCUGGAGCAGAACCUGUGGUCGUGUAUCCCUGGGGAGGACACUAUCAUGAACAUUCCUGGCUUCUACUUGGUGCGUCGAGAAAACCCAGAGUACUUUCCCCGUGGGAGCAGCUACUGGGACCGCUGUGUGGUGGGAGGUUACCUUUCCCCCAAAACUGUAGCAGACACCUUUGAGAAAGUUGUAGCUGGCUCCAUCAACUGGCCGGCAAUUGGGAGUCUCUUGGACUAUGUGAUCCGUCCAGCAGCUCCCCCAGCAGAUUUGACACUGGAAGUUCAAUAUGAUCCAGAUCGUCAUCUUUUUAUUGACUUUCUACCAUCCCUGACGCUGGGUGACAUCGUCCUUGUUGCCAAACCUCAUCGAUUGGCCCAGAAUGACAAUUUGUGGCGACUGAGCCUGCGGCCAGCAGAAACGGCUCGCCUCCGGGCCCUGGACCAAGGGGAUUCUGGCUGCCGUUGCUUGUGCCUGAAGAUCUUCAAAGCAGUAUGCAAGUUAAACCCAGCUCUGGGUCACCUCACUGCCAGCCAGCUCACCAAUGUCAUCCUGCACCUAUCCCAGGAGGAGUCUGACUGGUCCCAGGACAUGCUGGCUGAUCGCUUCUUGCAGGCACUGAAGGGGUUGAUCCGCUACUUGGAGGCAGGUGUCCUCCCCAGUGCUCUGAACCCCAAGGUGAACUUGUUUUCAGAGCUCACCCCUGAAGAAGUGGAUGAGUUGGGCUACACCCUCUACAGCUCUCUGUCAGAGCCAGAGGUCUUGCUGCAGACGUAAUGGGGCCUUACCUAGGGAAGUGUUGAUAGGGUUUAGCCAAUGCAGACUUUGAUUACUGCAAAUUAUGUCUCCUCCACUUCUCCCUAUCUUCCUCUCUCUCCACCACUCCCUCCUUUUGGUUCAUUAGCAAUUCCUGCUGUGGAGUUGGUGCUCCCACUGAAUUUCUUGGUGCUACUGGUCCAUUUCCACCAUCUCUGCCCCAACAGGUACCCAUUGGCUAGGAAAGAGAGGCUAAAACUGCGGCUCUUAAGAUCCUCACAUAAAUUCUGCUGAAGUGUCUACCAAAAUAUAAACCAAACUAUGCACUUCUUUCCUCUGUAGUACACUUACUGCAGCGAGUCCAUUUUGGUCUGAAGAAGGUGGAACUGGGCUGGUAAAUCCAUUGACAAUUUUAGCAGUCUUGCAGUGAGGUCGUUCAAUUUCCUCCAGCUUGACUUUGGCCCAUGUUUUUUUUCUCUGCUGUCCCACACUGUCUCACUUUCCUUUCUUUUUUGUCCCUUUGACCCAGUCAUGCAGGGCAGACUGAGUGAGAUGUUUGGAUAGGGUUGUGUUUUGUAUUUCUGAGUGGAUAAUAAUUACACUGGCAGUAUUUAGGGCUGUAGAGCUUGGAAUAGAAUUUCCACAGCUCCUGCUCCUACCGAGCCUUCUCAUCCUUUGCAAGGUGGGUUCAGGAUUAAGGGCCAAGGCUUGUCCAGUCUGCUGCAGCACAACCUCCAGUAUGGGCAAUUCUCAUCAAAGCUGUCAUAGGGGAGGAAGAAACCUUUGUGGUCUGGCUGUGUGAUGAGGCCAAAGGAGCAGGGCUUGCCAUUCCUGCCUAGCCUGAUCUGCUGGGAAUGGCCUUGGGAGUGGAGAACAAGGCAGCUCCUUAGUUGUCUCUGGCGUAGGGGUGGGUUUUGGCGGAGAGGUGGGAAAGACACAUAUGAGAAUGGGGAUUGUUUUUUUUUCAUCUUUUCCUCGGGAGCUUGUGGCUGUUCUGGUUUACAGGAGGUGGAAACAAGACUGCGUGCCUCAAAGGGCUUUGUGAUAAGCACACACAAGCCAGAUUCUCACCAGCUGUAAGUCUGUGAAGGUGAUAGAACUGAACUGGUGUCAUCAGCAAGGUUUUGUCCCUUACACUGGUACUAGGGUAUAUAUACAGAGCUGGCAUUUAGAGAUGUAUUAGCUUUGCCCUCUACUCUGUGUGUGUUUUAGACUCCUCCCCAGAACAGUGGCUGUCCAUCCCCUCCUCAUUCCUAUGUGCUGACUUUCCAGUGCUCCCAAUUUACAAAUACUCUUAGAAAGCUGGUGAGGGCUCACCUUCUGCCCACUCCCGUUUAUGGCUGUUUAUGGCUGCUGUCAGGCCGUAGACUCUGUAUACUCUGCUUUAAGCCAUCCGGCCUGCUGUCUGCAAAAAGGGGGAGAGAGGGUGUCCCCCCGAGUCUGGGACCCUGUGUGUGUCUCAAAAGACCAGCAUAGCUAUCGUUACAGAAACAUACUUGCCUUUUCCCAACUUUAUCAGCUUUUUUCCCCCCUUGCUGUCCAGCCUCCUUAGCCAAUGGAGAGGGCUACUGCAACAUUAGGGCUUGGAGGGAGCAGGAAUCCCUUUAUCCUUUUCUCCUCCCUUCUUCUCAGGACUUCCCCCCUUCUAUGACAGAGAAGUUUCAAGGUGAAUUUCAGGAGCUGAACCACAGAGGGAAGUCUUUUGCCCUUUUUUUUUUUUUUUUUUUUUUUAGAGGCAGUGCUGGUGAGAUGAGGGAGGGAGCAUCUUUCUCGGACAAUCCGUCCAUUUUAGCCAGUGUGUGAGAUACUAUUCUGUAAACAGUGAUAACACAACAUUGCAUUUUAAAUUAUUUAAUCCUUAGGGUACUGGUAUUUUCUAGACUGCCAGAUGUGUACUUUGAAGUUUAUGUGUGUAUAUAAAGCCUAUAGUCUAUCAAAGGUUAACAGAAAUUCCAUUUGUAUGACUAUGUGUUUUGUAAGUUUUGCAGCAGUCAGUGUUGGUCAACUGUUGAUUGCUCUUCACUCUGGUUCCCAGAUUUUUUUCCCCUCUUCCUUUCCUUGCCCUCCACUGCCUUUCUGAUGUCAGCCUUCCUACCCUAAAAGCAGACAGAUGAGACUUGGAGCUUAUAGGCUAUUGAGGGAAAUUCCCCUUUUUUAAUUACUUGAAGGUCGACAAAAAUAUUAAAAUAUCUGGGUUGUCAGGAGUUCCUCCAAAGUUCAUUUCUUCAGCAUGAUGUCACUGCUCACUUGGUGCUGAUUCCAUUACCAUAGUCUUCACACAGAAUUGAGCAGCAGUAUGGUUGGAAAUGAUCAAAACUCUAGAUAAAAAAAAAAAAAGUCAGAUAUAAACAGGAGGACACCAUGUCUGAGCUGGCUUGAGAACAGUUCUCACAUACAUAUCUGUACAUAGAAUUUUUUACAUGAAAGCUUUUACUUCUUCCUGGCAACCUAAUGAAUUAAUAUUUUAUGGCCAUUUUUUGCUGCUAUUGAGCUCAAUUUGUGUAUCAAAUCGAGACUGAAGCUGCCUUUUUGCCUUUUCUGUAGACUCUACUCAACUUCACUUGAAUUCAAUCACUUCCAUCAUUUCUUCCCUUCAUUUUGCCCUCCUCUGAGCUAUCCACAAGCCCGUUCUCAGGAGGCAAACACUCACUUCCCCACACGCAGCCACCACAGCAGGCAAUAGCUGCCUCAGCAGUGACAGUCUCAACAAAGGCCAAAGACGUGAUGGGUCACAGGGACACUGCAACUAGGAAUCUUUUAAAAGCAGGGUCAGGCAGUAAGGGGCGGGGAAGAAGGUGUAGGGUAAGAAUGCAGGAAACUUACAGUAAUGCUGUACCCAGCCUAUGGGUCAAACAGAAUGUUGCAGAGUCUAACUGGCACCUUUCAGUAUUAAAUGCAGUGCACGUGUUUAUGUACAGCCUGGGGGGCUGUCUUAUCUAUAGGUAGGCUCCUUCCUAGUCAAAUCUGUAGCACAGAGCGGGAGAACCUAAAGCUGAAUGUAAAAAGGGCAGCUCCAGGCCACCUUUCUGGCAGAGUGGCUCAGAGACAGAUUGAUUGUAAGAGACUCAGGGCAUGUGUUGGGCUGGUUGCUGCCUGGGCUCCAAGAAUGUCUUGGUGUGUUCUGCUAUAGCUUAGCUCACACAAGCUUCCUGUGAGAUUGUCGUCUUAUUCCCUGUAACCACAGGAUGAGGACCAACUUGCUCAGCUGUGGGGUUUCACUGUUGCUGAGCUCCACUGCUAAUCCUUCAAGUCAGAUGGAUUUAUUUUCCCCUGUUUAAAAGCAAUUAUGGAAACAGGAGGCUGCUUUCUGCCCCUCUGGAGAGGUACCAUCAGGGCCCUCACUCUCAGUAUGUGGGCAACUCGCAGUGAGAAAUGAAGAGAUGAUGCCCCAUCUCUCCCAGGCCUGGAGGCUGUGGAUUUGCAAAGGGGAAAGUUCAAGUGCAUGGUCUCUGACAGAGUGUGUGGAAUUCUGAAAUAAACUGACUUUCCACAGUAA